AUGGACCACAACGAGGACGAGGGCACGCUUGCUACACGGCGAGUCCUUUGCGAAAAGCACGUUAAGAGGAAGGAAGAGCAAUUGAUACAGUCGUCUCGGACUUCGCUUGGCCCACCGACGCAGUGUGACAGUUUGAACAUUUCCUCGUCCUUCGUCCCAGAGCAAGUGCGGUUGAACUUUGAAGCAAAUGUAUGCCCUGGCAAACGUCAAAACAACGGAACCUUUCAGACAACCCAACACGUAAUAGUGCCGUGCCAGAGCUUGAAUGGACGACAGCAACAAAGGGUGACUUCGCCUGCUGGCUCUCUUUCUAUUCCUCCGAGAGUGAGGUCACCAUCACCACGUCCACCCUCGCCACUACAAAACGUGUUCUUUCCAGACAGUUCAUCAGGCAUCGAUCCAGACUCCAUAUCCGACGAUGGCUCAGACGACGACGACGACCGGGAGGACGACCAAGGGAUAUGGCAGCAACGUUCCCCAUCACCUUCAUCAUCCGUCUCCCAUCUCGCAGCCAGCUUCGUUCAAAGGAUGGGCACAUUCGUGGGGGGCAUAGCACCGCGAUCACCUAUUUUAAGCGAUGCAGAGCUAGAAGCUGAAGCGGAGAGGGAACGCGACCGUAGUCGUAGAGAGGCAGAAGCCAUACUCAUGCGGGAGGCUCAACAGAGGAGGCUCGUUGAAGACCGUGUGCUGUCCAUGAUGGAGAGCACAAAGUCGCUCCCUCCACCGCCAUCCAGGUCUCAGACUAUGCCUAACCCGCCGUCUCCGUCUAAUUCGCAGAAAGAGUCAGGUGGUAGUUGGUGCAAAUCAUAUUGGACGCAAAAGCGAGGGAUAAGGAUAACAAGAAGAACGCAAGAGUGGCCUGCAAACGCUCAAGGCAAAUUUAACAAUCCAGCAUUCGUAAACCUCAACAUUCCAACAACACCUGUCCGAUGUGUCCCUGUACCUUCUUCCUCCCCGUCCCCGCCUACCCCUUCUCGUCUGAGUCUCUUGAAUAUGCCACCCAAUUUGACGCCUUCUCCCAUGCGCACAACGGAUACGUUGUCUUCUUCCCCUUCUCGCGAAGCUCCACCUUUGUACACGCAGUUCACAUCCCAAGGAACGCUAGACGUACCAGGUACACUCUUCAUGGUAGCCAAACACUUUGAGAAGCUGGAGAAAUGGACCGUGGGCCACGUUAGGGCUUUGGAAGAUUGGAUGAACGAUGUCGAGAGAUGGUUAGUCGAUAAGGAAGCGGAGAAGGAAAAGGAAAAAGAGAAGGAGAAGGAGAAGGAAUCCGAUUCUGAGUCGCUAAGACAUGCGGGUUCUACGGACAAUAACGCAGUCCACCGCUGUAUCGGUAGCACCACAAACCACUUCCUCCAUCGUCACGCACUCACAUCCGACAUCUGCCAUUGCAACACACUUGACAGGAUCACCGUCAGGACCCAGUACGCCCAUCCACCAUCCCAGGCUAUCGAGUACCACUGCAAGGGAAUCGACGAGGCCGCCGAUGACUUCGAAGAGGAGAGAGUUGGGCACGAGGUUACCGUACCCUGCUGGAGAUUAUUCUUCUCCGCCAGAUACGUUCUCCCCCAUUCCGCUAUGAGGCCUUUGUCAACAGCCAUUUUGGGGCUACCCCUCCAUUCAUCGUCAGGACUGGGUACACUACCCGGUGCUUCAUAUUCCACCACCUCUCUUUCCUCGUUGGCUUCCGGUACGGGUAGGCCGCCGUCCCCGCUUGCUCAACUCAAGUUUGUGCCUGCUUCUGCCAAUCGAACGGCCAGCCCGACGCCCGCACCAGCAAAAGGACGAGGAACACAACAAGGAUUGCCGCCACCCCCGAAAUCGGCUGCUGGUAAACGACAAACGAGUGUGAGCCCCACACCGAGGAAACAGUACACCGUUGCGCUUGGAGGGCCGAUAACUGUGCCGCCUGAUGAAGAUGAGUUUUCUUCGAAUGCUGCUUCUUUGUUUUUUGCCACCGCCUCCAAUACCAAUGCGAAUACUAAUACCCGUACGGAUGCACCUGCUACUGCUCCUCUAUUGAAAAGGGUAGGCACACCGCGGUCCUACUCCCGGGACGAUGAAGAUGACAAGAAGGAGGAGGAAGGAGCAGGUGAAUUCAGAGAAGGUGAAGAGACAAUUGGCAAAUCUUCUGGCAUCAAGCUCAGGAACGCGAAUGGGAGUCUGUCUUCCACCACCUCAAACUCAAUAUCCCCUGUCCACCGCCACAAUGUCACCAUCGCCGUCCACGAGGAGGAUCAGGGCGCAGAGCGCAUAUGGGUACGCCAGCCUCCUCCCUCCUCAGACUCAAACGCCUACCAUGGGGACUACCGUGCCGCUAAAGCCGAAGUUGAGGUCCCGCUCUUCCAAGCGGCUUUCCUCUGGUACCAGCUCCAUUGGGACAGGAGACGGAAUGAUAAGCGGUGGCCUCGGAGGAGGGGGGACCAAGUUCGUGGAUCCCUUAUUGUUAAGGAGGCACCAGCAAAGUCAAGAGGGAUUACAGGUGAAGAUGCCGAUGCCGAAACCGGUGGGGAAGGUUCCAAUUGGGCAGUUGGUUGCGUUUUUUGA